GGGCCACUGGGCUGAGACUGGGGACAGAUCGGGUUCCAGAGAGUCCCAGAUGGUGGGGGACAGGAUCAGAGACGCACCUGUGAGAGGCACGGAGAGGAGACGCCUUUCAAGAGACCCACAGAUGUGAGGACUGCCCUGGCCUGAGGACCCCGACAAACCUCCCCCCUCCUGCUAGGCACUGAGACCCCAGCUCAACACCUCCGACAAACACUCCGAGUCACCCAGGCCGCCUGGGGCUGAGAAGACCCAACCCAGGGGGCAGAUGGCUUCAACUGCCCUGGAACUCCUGGGCAUGACGCUGGCUGUGCUGGGCUGGCUGGGGACCCUGGUGUCCUGCGCCCUGCCUCUGUGGAAGGUGACCGCCUUCAUCGGCAACAGCAUUGUGGUGGCCCAGGUGGUGUGGGAGGGGCUGUGGAUGUCCUGCGUGGUGCAGAGCACUGGCCAGAUGCAGUGCAAGGUGUAUGACUCGCUGCUGGCGCUGCCCCAGGACCUGCAGGCCGCCCGUGCCCUCUGCGUCGUCGCCCUUCUGCUGGCCCUGCUCGGCCUGCUGGUGGCCAUCACGGGCGCCCAGUGCACCACAUGCGUGGAGGACGAAGGCGCCAAGGCCCGCAUUGUGCUCACUGCGGGGGUCAUCCUCCUCCUGGCCGGCAUCCUGGUGCUCAUCCCUGUGUGCUGGACAGCCCACGCCGUCAUCCAGGACUUCUACAACCCCCUGGUGGCCGAGGCCCUCAAACGGGAGCUGGGGGCCUCCCUCUACCUGGGCUGGGCCGCGUCUGCGCUGCUCAUGUUGGGCGGGGGGCUGCUCUGCUGCACGUGCCCCCCACCCCAGGCCGAUGGGCCCCGCGGGCCCAGGCUGGGCUACUCCAUCCCCUCUCGCUCUGGGGCGUCUGGACUGGACAAGAGGGACUAUGUGUGAGGCACAGGCGUUGGCCCUGGCCCGGAGCUGGCCUGGCAAUUUAUGCCUCCCGAACCCUGGUCUUCUACCAACAUCAACCCCCUCCCCUCCAGGGAAACCACUUUCCAAAACCUCAAGCCAGACCCGGCUCCAGGGCUCAGUCAGCUGGCCUGCCUUAGUGGUGUCCCUAGCUCACGUUCUUCCCCCCACCCAGACAGGGCCAGAACUUUUGAGCACCUUGGCCAGCCCUGCCUCCCCCAUACCUACUUCCUCUGCUGUCUAAGACAGAGGCUGGCCCUCCCCUGCCCCAGGAACCUGGGCCUCACCCAAAGGGCAGUAGCUAGUUGGCUCCAUCACGCCCCCCCCAUCACCCCCCGCCCCACCCAG